GGCAGGUGCUUCAGAGUUAACUUUUGACAGUGUUUCAUUCUCUAGGCUUCAGAUGCAGAAUGGACAUGCUGUGGUUGUUGGCAUUUUCCCUGUGGUGAGGGGUGAGUUAUGAUAAUUGCUUCACUUGAAUCCCUGCUAGGGCAGGUAAACUCCGUUGAUGUAUCUGUGUCAUAAAAUGAGCCAUAAAAAUGUGGUGAUGUUUCUUAGCUUUUGUGGACAGAGAAGUGAGAGGCUCACAAAGAAGCAAAAGCUGUUUGCCCUGAGCUUGUCAGGCUUUUGAGCUGAAUAAAUAAGUGCUGGUUUCCGUUAUGCAGAGCAGAUGUUGCUGCAUGAGGACACGCUUCUCAGUUGUGAAGAAGAUGGACUUGAGUUUGUGAACUAAACAAAUUCAGGUUGUGUGGCCUCAUCCUGCCUCCCUAGGACGUCAUUGUUACCCAUGCUGAAUUAUUCAUACCCUACAUUUUCUGGGAAUGCGAAGUUUGUAGGUGAAAUCCAUAAAAAGCAAAGAGAAUGUGUUGCUGAAGGUGGUGUCUGCCUUAUGGUCUUUCUUGCUGGGGUGGCUGAAUGUAGUGGCAGGAGCUGUAUUUGGUAGGUGUUGCUAUGAAUUCUGAAAAAUACGAUGCCGUGUUGUGGUUUUUUGUGUCACUAGUACGUCUUCCAGAAUACAAAGGCACUUCAGAGUGAGUGUGUGAAGGGAUGUUACUUUGUUAAGACAAACUACAAGUAUUUGGUGACCUCAAAAUGGGGAAAACACCAUCUGUGGAGUAGAAAAAGGCACGUGCUCCCAUGUGUAGUACAAUGAGGAACAAUUCUGCAAUUGCUUCCUGUUCUAAAUAUGGCACCGAAAAAGCAGUAAUAACUUAAAGGCUUGAAACUGCCAAGAUGCUUGACCUGCUUACGUUGAAUUCUUGCUCUGGAUUCUGUUCUAGAGGAGUCUCUCUCCUUUCUCUGAUGGAGACUGAUCCUCAGGAGCUAGAAGUGUGCUGCUGUUCCAUUUCUACAUGCGUUUGUGCAGGCGCAGGACCCUGAGAGGGCGGCGUUAGUGCUGUAAUCAGCAGAGGUAUUAAUCAUCUCAGCAGUGAAAACACGCUCAGGAUAAACGAUGCAUUUGUCUUUUUAAUACCUUUUAGGAAUUGUUUUCCUUUGUCUUUUUCCGCCCCGCGGCAGAAGGGAAUUCAGGAAGAUGGGAUUACCCGGGAGAUAAAGCUGACCCAUUGUGCUGCCUUUCAGCCUAUUUGCUUAUCUCGUUUUCAGGGAAGGAACUCCCUCCUCUUUCCCAUAAAUCUGUCCCUCUCUUUGCUCUUCUGAUGGGUUUAUAGAGGAUUUCCUGCUGAGUCAAGCGAGGAGGAGUGCAGGGCGACGGCCGGCUGGUUCCUAUAACCUGCCCUCGUUUCUCUGCUCCAGCCCCAGGACGCUGCAGCCCGGCGGAGGCAGAAGCCAGCGCUGCCUCUUGGCUUAUCCCUCGGAGCCUCCACUCAGCCUCUCCAUGUCUGUAGUCAGCGAGAAUCUACACAGGAUGUUGUCACAGGAAACAGCUUCAUCACUUCUCUGCUCACAGAAUGUCUCUGCUCUGAUCCUCCCAGGAAGCCUGGGCAGACAUGUUUUUGGUUGUCUUCUGUAAAAUAGGUGAUUCUUGCCAUUGUCUGGAAACACAGAGCAAGGAGAGCAUCUCUCCCAUGAUGAGUUCUGAAUUAAACGUGCCGGUGGAUCCUUCCACUCCUGCUGGUUGCUGCUCCGAACCCGGCACGAAAGGCAUGGAUUAUCGGGACUGGGUCCGUCGCAGCUAUCUGGAGCUGGUCACAUCAAACCACCACUCUGUUCAAGCCCUUUCUUGGAGAAAAUUGUACCUGAGCCGAGCCAAACUGAAAGCUUCCAGCAGAACCUCUGCUCUUCUCUCUGGAUUUGCAAUGGUUGCCAUGGUGGAGGUGCAGCUGGAGGUGCAGUACAAGUACCCCCAGAUGCUGCUCAUCGCUUUCAGUGCCUGCACAACGGUGCUCGUGGCAGUUCACCUCUUCGCCCUCCUCAUCAGCACCUGCAUCCUGCCCAACGUGGAGGCCGUGAGCAACAUCCACAACCUGAACUCCAUCAGCGAGUCUCCGCAUGAGCGCAUGCAUCCCUACAUCGAGCUGGCGUGGGGCUUCUCCACCGUCUUGGGGAUCCUCCUUUUCCUUGCAGAAGUUGUGCUGCUUUGCUGGAUAAAAUUCCUGCCCGUGGGCUCCAUCCUGAAAAACGAGACCACCAACAUCGAGAAGACCAGCGGCCACGUGGGUUGGCAGUCGGCGCUGAUCUCCACCAUCAUCAUGGUCCCCGUGGGGCUGAUCUUUGUCGUCUUCACCAUUCACUUCUACCGCUCGUUGGUGCGGCACAAAACGGAGCGCCACAACCGAGAGAUCGAAGAGCUUCACAAACUGAAAGUGCAGUUAGACGGGCAUGACAGAGGCAUGCAGGUAGUGUGACACAGAGGCAGAGGCUGCUUCCAGCAAAUCCGCUCAGCUAAGGGCAAAAUACCUGUUUCGUUAGUCGGUGAGAUGCACCAAUGACGGAUUGUCUUGAGGCUUAAAUAUGUAAACGCUAAUUGCCUGCCAUUUGUAGCUGUGGGUUCUAGUGCUGUUUCAGAUGCUGGGGUCUCUGUCCUGUUUCUGGUCCUACACACUUGUGUACUUAAGUUGACACUGCCAUGGAGUUCAAGGUCAAAACUUUACCUUAACAUUGGUUCACAUAGGCAAAACCCUGUAUCCUUCACAAAUGCAGUAUUCCAUUUCCAAAAGCAGAACUGCAUCAGUUGUCCCAAGAAGCCGGUGUGUGUGCAGGACCUGUGUUGUAUGUCAGAACUCCCUGGCUGUCAGUGCAGCAGCAAUUAACUGGCAGCUCAUUUCUAGAGCCAAGUUGGUUAAUGAAGGUAUUUGCAGCUGACUUGAAGACAUCCAGGAGAGCACAACAGAAACUGUGAGUGUUGAUCACCUUUGUUCCAAAGCAAGUGUUUCAUAAAUACAUAACCAGAAAGAAAUCAGCUUUAGCUCUUUUUUUUUUCCCUUGCCUAUUGCUUGUUGUGUUUUUCACAGCUGGGGAGGUAGAAUUUCGAAUUGCAGAAGGCUGGGAGGUUCUGUUGUACUUUCUUCAGUACCGUGUGUCACUCCAGGUUGAAUGACUGCCAAUAUCAUGUGUUUUUUCCCAAUAAGAGGCAGGAGUGCCCAGGGAAGCCUUACAGGUGGUUUAGUUUUAACAAGGACAUUCUUAGAACAGAACAGAGAUGGGGAAUUUAAUGAGACAAAACUCUGAAGGACUAGAAAAGCAAGUCUCAAGGAGGUAAGGAGUAAUAGCAUAUUGUAGAAAUCUGUUGCUUCGUUGUCUUCAUUUAUGUAUUGUUGUGAUGUCUUCGCCUGGUUUGCUGGAGAGAACAAGCCCCAGUCCUGAGUAUUUCAUCAAUUUUUUGUUGUUGUGGGUUGUUUUUCUCUUUUGUUUGUCAGCUGUAGCAUUUGUCUGUCAAAAAUCACGGUUCCUUCUCCCUCCACCAGAGUAGGCAACUACUUUGGUGGAACCCGGAGCUGUAUUGGCGAGUGUGACGGAGCUGGAUCCACUGGGAGAGCCGGGUGCUAUUAAAGAGUUAUCACAUUUCA